UAAUGCAUCGUUAUAUGAUAAUACUUGGAGUGUUGACCGAGCUGUUGAUGGUCUCAUCGGAGGCUGGAAUUGUCCACAUAGAUGUUGUACCGCUAUUGUAAGGCCAUGUUCGCUCCUAUUAGAUCUACAACAAAGCUAUCUUGUGAAGCGCAUCGUACUUAAAGGGAGAACAGACACAGCAUACGAUCAGUUUGAAAACAUUAUAAUGUAUAUUGGUAAUGACGUCAGUCAAAUGGUUGAACGGAAGUUCUCUGAAGUAAAUAAAACCGUACGAACCUGUGUGUUAAGUCCGCCACAAGCUAUGCAAGCAAUAAUCGUGAUUGGUCAACGUGGAGGAGUUUAUAUGACAAUAUGUGAAAUAGAAGUUUACAGACAACAAGAUUGCGUAAAUGGAACCUAUGGUCCUGAUUGUAACAAAACAUGUCAUUGUGUGGACGGACCUUGUGACGCUAUAACUGGUGCAUGUGGAACAGGGUGUAAGAGAGGCUGGAGAGGGUCUGCCUGCAAUGAAACUUGUGCAGAUGGAUCAUAUGGUACUAACUGUUCAUUAACCUGCAGCGCAUUUUGUCGCAACAAUCGCCCAUGCCAUCAUAUUAAUGGGACUUGCAUCGAGGGUUGUGCAGAUGGAUAUGACUUUUCCACUGACAAAACGUGUAAUACUCCCUGUGGUCACAGAAGGUACGGUCGAGAUUGCUCAUCAAUCUGCAGCGAAUAUUGUCACAAUAAGCAGACAUGUCAUCACAUAAAUGGGACAUGUCCUAACGGUUGUGGAGAUGGAUAUGAUUUCAACCUUGACAAAACCUGCAAUACAACUUGCAAAAACAGGACAUUUGGUAAAAACUGUUCAAUGGACUGCAACUGUGAUAAAUGCCACCAUAUCAACGGUUCUUGUGCCAUUUUUGAGCAGCUAUGCGACACUGGGUUCAAGAUUGACAAAGAUAUCUGUCAACGUAUGUUGUAUUAA